AACAGUAAGCACUCGGUUAUGAAAUCGCUCGCCGGCGAUAAAUUUGCUCUGUCCGAUGACAUCGGGCCACCGCCUUGUUCUCCCAAACAGCGAAAAGCAAGUGCCGUGUGUAGGGACAAGGCUACGAAUAACCAUCAUGUGGUGCCGCUGGGCAUCCUCGUGGUGCUCUGCACUGUGUAUCUCAUGGUAGCCGGGAUGCAGAGCAACUACAGGCACUAUUUUAAGCCGGGCGUGGCUGCCUUCGACCUGCACCAUGCCCAACCGGAAGACAUGGCCGAGCCCGAGUUGGAUGUCGCCGCUCCAGAUGCAUCUUGCCGGAAGAUGGACGUUUUCACGAAGGAAUCCAAUCGGAAUCAGGCAGUUUCAAGAAGAUCCCAAGGCAGGCCCACGAAGAGAACCAAACGGCAAAACGGGAAUGGGGUCAGCAAGCAACCUCGCUUGAUGAAGUCCUCGGAGGGGCACAAGAAGAAGGAAGCCGGCAAGAAGAGUAACACCGCGGAGCCCAUUAUUUACCUGUUUGCCCUGGUGUUUGUCUAUCUACUGCUGAAGGCCGCCUCGGACAUCAACCAGCACUACAAGUCGCAGAACAAAGGGGACAAACGACUGCGCCGCUGCUCGCUGCAAUCCUAUGCCCAGAUCCACAAGCAGGAUCGCCGGUCAUCAAAAGUGGAGGAGUCCCCCAUCUUCCGGCGCAGGCAUAUUAUCAGCGAGGAGCGUUCCGUGUCGGUGGAUCGCUUCAAGUACACGCUGAACGAUGAGGGAGGCUUCACGAAGUCCGUUCCGCGGGCUCAGGAGUAUCACUACAGGGUGGUAUCUCCUUUGGCCAGCCGGCCCAGUCAGCAGCAUCCGCUUAGGCCGGGAUCCGGAGAAGCCCGUUUCGAGCCUCGCCUAAACCGUCGCUCCUCGGUUCCCAUCAGCAUUAACUAUCAAACGGUGCACGUAUCGAGUCCACAUCCACCGGAAAUGGGCAGGCGCGGCUCGGUGAUAAGCCUCACUGGGCCACCACCAGAGGUCAGUGGCAUGGCCAGUGGUAUGCCAAGUGGAGCCGCUGAUCCAAAGCGGCGCGUCCGCAUGAUAAAUCGUCAUUGAAGUCCAGAAGUCCAGAUGAGAUCAGGACACAGCCCAUCGAAAUUGCAAAGAGACUACAGUGGUUGAACAAACCAUUCAGAAACAGAAGCCGCACACGUUGUAGUCCUUCUUAAUGCGUUUCUUUUAAUCAGUUAAUUAUGUUAUAUUAUUCAAGUGUUUUAAAAAAACGUACAAAGAAUAUUCUUCUCGAAGACACCGAAUUAACGCCCAUUCGGCGGGCAGCCGUUUGCCGCAGCAUUUUGCCAUCCUAUUGUACAUUAUUCUACUUAGGGCAAGAUUAAAAAAAUCUUAGGCUAGCGUAGUGUUUAGUUUGGAAUUCAGUACCUAUGAUAUUACCAUUAUCUACGAUCUAACUACGAACUUGUGAUGCUCAUUACAAUUACAAUGACAAUUACAUA